AUGGCCGCAUUCCCAACGUACUUCAAUACUCGUACAGCCAAGAAAACAGACAACAAAAGACGCCUCCAGUUGCUCAAGUCAUAUGGCCCUGACUGGAUUAUUACCAUCGCUUUGGCGGCUGUAUUCUUUGCGUUGGACAAUGUACAUGGCUACAGGCGAGAAUUUUCUGUCAACGACGAGACGUUACGUUUUCCUUAUGCAGUGCAUGAACGUGUCCCGAACUGGGCACUGUAUAUAAUCGCCCUCGUGGCUCCUAUAAUCAUUCAUUCUCUGGUAAAUGUAGUCACCAUCCGCUCGUUUUGGGAUUUCCAUAACAGCGUGCUCGGCCUGAUUCUGGGCCUCGCGAUUACGGGUGCUAUUACCCAAUUUUCUAAGAUUACCACUGGUCGGCCUCGACCGGACUUACUUUCUCGCUGCAUUCCGAGGCCUGGAUCUCAAGACCCGACCUACGGUUUGUCCAGCGACGCCAUCUGUACUCAGACGGACCAGUAUAUCAUGAUCGAUGGUUGGCGCAGCUUCCCAAGUGGCCACUCUAGUCUUUCCUUCGCAGGGCUUGGCUUCUUAUCUUUCUAUUUAGCGGGCAAAAUGCAUCUCUUUGAUAAGCGAGGACACGCGCACAAAGCUUGGAUAUCCCUAGCUCCGCUCUCCGGGGCAACUCUUGUUGCUAUCUCUCGGACAAUGGACUACAGACAUCACUGGCACGACGUCGUAGCUGGAGCUAUCUUGGGUACUACCAUCGCUUAUUUCACCUAUCGGCAAUAUUUCCCAUCACUGGCCUCUCCCAUGUCCCAUCGCCCAUAUUCCCCGCGCGUUCCCCGUGAUGAAGAAAUCUUACCGACUGCUGCCUCCCACGGCGGUCCACGGUAUAGCGAGAACGACGAAGGCGCUGAACAGGUUGAACUCAUUGACGGAGGCGUGCGUAAACCUGACCCCGGCCCUCUGGAAGACAUCUGGCGUCACGGCGGUGAUUCAACGCGUGACGAUGCAGAACAUUCCUGA